GAAGACAACGUAUCCUGCCUGUCUACAAUGGUUUCUACAACAGCAUUAUCCCUUUUUUCGGUAAUGGAGAAAAAUUGGCGAACCCUUUGUAAUGAUAUAGAAAAGGGAGAACUUUCUAAAAGUCUUAAUAUUCCUCAAGAUGAAAGAACUCGCUUAAAUGGUAUGAUGAAACCCAAUCCGAAACGAGCUGCUUUUUUAAGGAAAGAGUUUGGAAAAGGAUUUGAGAAUAUUGUGGCUAGAAUCUGGCCAGAAUGUCCUUGCCUUGUUGCGUUAAAUACUGGAGUAUUUGAAACACCGGCUAAACUCGUGAAGCAAAGGUACUUGGGUAAUCUUCCAGUCGCGUCGUUAAUUCAUUUAGGAACAGAAUCUACGUUUGGUAUUAAUAUUCAUCACACGAACCAAUCUCCUGAAGCACACUAUACGCCUUUGAUUACAAAUAACUUCUUUGAGUUCAUCCCUAUAGCAGAAUUUGGGGAGAAAACGCCUUCAACACUGCUUGCGCAUCAGGUUGAAGUUGGACAAAUGUAUGAAAUGGUUGUAACGACAUUUGAUGGCUUGUAUAGAUAUAGAACAGAAGAUGUUGUCAAGAUUAUAAGAUUUUAUGGAACGACGCCAGUAUAUAAGUUCAUUCAAAGGGCUGGUGACACGUUGUCGGCACAUUUAGAAAAGCUGCCAGAGUUUCUCCUUCAUGACGCCGUGUAUGCCGCUGCCGCCGCGCGCAGUAAUAGUAUUGUAGAAUUUACUAGUUGUGAGAGCGUCCAUGUACAACUAGCAUCAGGGACUGAUUACGCCUUAGGAUAUUUUGUGUUUAUUGAGCUCCAGGACGCCGGCAAAUUAAAUGAUCACGAAAUAGAGUUGGUUGAUGCUGAGAUUUGUGCCAGACAUACAGUGUACGAUGCCAUGCGGAGAAACAAUAAACUUAAACCAAUUAAAAUUGUUCACCUGAGGACAGGUGCUUUUUGUGAAAUAAAAAAGUUGAUGCUGUCAUCAAACCCAGAUGCAUUUUACAUGCAGUAUAAGUUGCCUAGAAUCAUGAGAAGGGUCGACAUUUUGAAGGCCAUGCUGGACAUGAAAGUAUAAAGGAAACAUUCGAAAUCGAUAAAAAAAAAUGUUAUCAGUUUUGUAUUAAACGGAACAUCCUAAAUCACAUUGGAUUUUGAGCUAAAUA